AAUCCAUCCAUGUUAGACAACACUGCUUCUUCUGUUGCUCCAUCUUCCUCCUCUGAUGCAUUUGCUUCCCUAGAAAAUGGCCUCACUAACAAAAGAAAAAGAAGACUGGCAGGUGAUGUCUCUCUCUCUCCCAAGACCUUGUUGGAAUCCGACCGCUAUGUGUGUGAGAUCUGCAACCAAGGGUUCCAAAGAGACCAGAAUUUGCAGAUGCAUAGGCCAUGGAAAUUGCUUAAGAGGGAGACGCAGGAAGUGAGGAAGAGGGUUUUUGUAUGCCCAGAACCAAGUUUUUGGUUGCACCACGACCCAGCAUGCCACGCCCUUGGCAACCUUGUCGGCAUCAAAAAGAAUUUUAGAAGGAAGCAGAGCAAUCACAAGCAGUGGGUGUGUGAGAAAUGCUCCAAGGGAUACGUCGUUCAAUCCGAUUACAAAGCCCACCUCAAAACCUGCGGCACCAGAGGCCACCCUCCUGGCCUGUGGGGUGGCCGCCCAGCCACCCCAUGGGUGGGCUUUUUUUGCUUUUUUAAUUAAUGUCAAUUCGUUUUUUAAUUAAUUUUUUAUGUUUU